UUGCAGACGUGGCAGAAGGAGUGGCCCGGCGCUGGAACGUGGGGGUGGAACUUCCGGGGGCGACGCGCCAGCCCACUCGGAACCGGAAGUGGAGCUUGGGAGCCUUGACGUUAGGGACGAAGUCGAACCUGGAUCUGGAGCCGGGUGAGACAAAGUCAGGGAUGCUCUCAUAAUGAAUGUCAACCAGUCAGCUCCACCUGUGCCGCCAUAUGGGCAGCCACAGCCUGUCUACGCAGGGUAUCAUCAUCAAUCCAGCUAUGGUGGGCAACCGGGAUCCACAGCCCCUCCCACCCCUUAUGGAGCCUACAAUGGGCCAGUACCAGGCUAUCAGCAAACACCUCCCCCAGGUGUGUCAAGAGCCCCACCUUCUUCAGGGGCACCUCCAGCCUCAACAGCACAAGCCCCUUGUGCCCAGGGUGCAUAUGGCCAGUUUGGCCAAGGAGAUGUACAGAAUGGGCCUAGCUCCACUAUUCAGAUGCAGAGGCUCCCUGGGUCUCAGCCAUUUGGGUCAGCCCCAUUGGCCCCUGUGGUCAGCCAGCCAACUGUGCUUCAGCCCUAUGGCCCUCCCCCUACAAGUGCACAGGUGACUGCCCAGCUGGCUGGAAUGCAGAUCAGUGGCGCUGUGGCCCCAGCCCCUCCCCCUUCAGGGCUGGGCUAUGGACCACCAACGUCACUGGCCUCAGGAAGUUUCCCCAACUCUGGUCUGUAUGGCUCCUAUCCUCAGGGCCAGGCUGCUCCCCUUAGCCAGGCCCAGGGUCAUUCUGGGGCCCAGCCUCCCCAACGAUCUGCCCCACUACAGGCUUCCAGCUUCACCCCCCCAGCUUCCGGGGGUCCUCGGAUGCCUUCGAUGACUGGUCCACUACUGCUUGGACAGGGUUUUGGGGGACCCCCAGUGAACCAGCCCAACCAUGUAUCCUCACCUCCUCCUCAAGCCCUGCAUCCUGGCACCCAAAUGACUGGGCCCCCAGGACCACCGCCACCUAUGCACUCCUCCCAGCAGCCAGGCUAUCAGCUGCAACAAAAUGGUUCCUUUGGACCAGCCCGGGGCCCUCAGCCCAAUUAUGGAAGUCCCUACCCAGUAGCACCCACUUUUGGCAGUCAGCCUGGGCCUCCUCAACCACUGCCUCCUAAGCGCCUGGAUCCUGAUGCCAUCCCGAGCCCUCAACUCAAUGAGCUGCCUCCUCAGCAGAAAACCAGGCACAGAAUAGACCCUGAUGCCAUUCCUAGUCCAAUUCAGGUUAUUGAGGAUGACAGGAACAACCGGGGUUCAGAGCCAUUUGUUACUGGAGUACGGGGCCAGGUGCCACCCUUAGUCACCACCAACUUCGUGGUGAAAGAUCAAGGGAAUGCAAGUCCCCGAUACAUCCGAUGCACAUCCUAUAAUAUCCCUUGUACAUCUGACAUGGCUAAGCAGGCUCAGGUGCCCCUUGCAGCUGUCAUCAAGCCACUGGCAAGGCUGCCCCCAAAAGAGGCUUCACCGUAUGUUGUCGACCAUGGGGAAUCUGGUCCUUUGCGCUGCAAUCGCUGCAAAGCAUACAUGUGCCCUUACAUGCAGUUCGUUGAGGGAGGGAGGCGCUUCCAGUGCUGCUUUUGCAGCUGUAUCAAUGAUGUUCCCCCCCAGUAUUUUCAACAUCUGGAUCAUACCGGCAAACGUGUGGAUGCUUAUGACCGUCCUGAGCUAUCUCUGGGCUCUUAUGAAUUCUUGGCCACUGUAGAUUACUGCAAGAACAAUAAGUUCCCCAGCCCUCCUGCCUUCAUCUUCAUGAUUGACGUUUCCUACAAUGCCAUCAGGAGUGGUCUUGUUGGGCUCCUCUGUGAGGAACUCAAGUCACUGUUAGACUUUCUGCCUAGGGAAGGCGGAGCAGAAGAGUCAGCAAUCCGCGUUGGCUUUGUCACCUAUAAUAAGGUGCUCCACUUCUACAAUGUGAAGAGCUCAUUGGCCCAGCCACAGAUGAUGGUUGUAUCUGAUGUGGCUGACAUGUUUGUGCCACUGCUGGAUGGCUUCUUGGUCAAUGUUAAUGAGUCUCGGGCAGUCAUCACCAGCUUACUGGAUCAGAUUCCAGAAAUGUUUGCAGACACAAGAGAGACAGAGACAGUAUUUGCCCCAGUUAUCCAGGCUGGGAUGGAGGCACUGAAGGCUGCUGAAUGUGCAGGGAAGCUGUUUCUGUUCCAUACCUCCCUGCCUAUUGCAGAGGCCCCAGGGAAACUGAAGAACAGAGAUGACAGGAAGUUGAUUAACACAGACAAGGAGAAGACUCUGUUCCAGCCUCAGACAGGUACCUAUCAGAGCCUGGCCAAAGAGUGUGUGGCCCAAGGUUGCUGUGUAGACCUCUUCCUCUUCCCUAACCAGUAUGUGGAUGUGGCCACGCUCUCAGUUGUACCCCAGCUCACUGGUGGCUCUGUCUACAAAUAUACUUGUUUUCAGGUAGAGAAUGACCAGGAACGGUUCCUGAGUGACCUGCGUCGGGAUGUACAGAAGGUUGUUGGCUUUGAUGCUGUGAUGCGGGUCCGGACGAGUACUGGUAUCCGUGCUGUAGAUUUCUUUGGGGCUUUCUACAUGAGCAACACAACAGAUGUGGAGCUGGCUGGGCUGGAUGGGGACAAGACGGUGACUGUGGAAUUCAAGCAUGACGAUCGGCUCAGUGAAGAGAGUGGAGCUCUCCUGCAGUGUGCCCUGCUCUAUACAAGCUGUGCAGGACAGCGACGGCUCCGCAUCCACAACCUGGCCCUGAACUGCUGCACCCAACUGGCUGAUCUGUACCGAAACUGUGAGACUGACACGCUCAUCAACUACAUGGCCAAGUUUGCGUACAGGGGGGUCCUGAACAGCCCUGUGAAGACGGUUCGUGACACUCUUAUCACUCAGUGUGCCCAGAUCCUGGCCUGUUACAGAAAGAACUGUGCUAGCCCCUCCUCUGCAGGACAGUUGAUCCUUCCUGAAUGCAUGAAGCUACUCCCAGUUUACCUGAACUGUGUAUUGAAGAGUGAUGUCCUGCAGCCCGGAGCUGAAGUUACUACAGAUGACCGUGCCUACAUCCGACAGCUGGUUACUUCCAUGGACGUGGCUGAGACCAAUGUCUUCUUCUAUCCUCGGCUCCUACCACUGGUGUGACUGAGGGCUGGAGUAUGAGACAUUGCAUGAGAAAGGGACAUCAUAGAAGGAGGAAGGGAAAGAUUAAUAUUAUCUGUGUCUGACACUAAUGAAUUUGUUUUUAUGUGCAUUAUCGAUGUAAUUUUCACAGAAGAGUUACUUAGCUUUCUGAAUUUGUAUGUGGGGUGGGCAAACAUGUCUUACGGUCCUUA